AUGACCUUCCUUCGUCGUUUUGCCAACAACAAAAAAUAUCAGAAGACGGAUCAUUGCCUUUUUUCUCUUAAGCAAGGGCUGACCGAGCCUUUAAGAAGUUAUAUCAACCGUUUCAACCAAGUGGCCCAGGACGUCCCCAUCGCCACUUUGGAGAUUCUGAUGAGAGCUUUCUCCCACGGAUUAGGAGAUGGAGAAUUCUUUAGAGAUCUCAUCAAAAAUCUCUCUUGGAACUUUGAUGAGAUGGUGGAAAAAGUCUCUUGCUAUAUUAAAGUAGAAGAAGCACAGGCGGCCCGGAGGAAAGCCGAGAGAUCGCCUCCGUCUGUCAAUAAGCAGGAAAGAAGGGUACCUCAACCACCCCCUCAACCUCUUCCACGAGCUAGAGAAGCCAGGCCUACCUUCCAGCCCGGUCCGGAGUUCGCUCGGGAUUCUAAGCGGGCAGCCGAGUUAGGCUUACCCCCGCCCGAGCUAGCCCCUCAAGUGCUCAAGAUGAUAGAAGAGCAGCGAGCCGUGGUUGGACAGGCCGGGCAACCCCGCCCUGACCUAGCGGGACCCAGGCCAACCAAUGGAGAUUCGGGGAGAGCACGCAAGUCCCAUGUGCGUCGCUUGGAGGUCCACACUGUGGGAUGCAACCAAGAGCAAGCUACUGGCCAUGUCAUCAGCUUCGGGCCGGCAGACCUGGAAGGUCUGGAGCUGCCUCAUGAUGAUGCCCUUAUCAUCAAGGCCAUUAUUGCCAACAGCCGAGUGGCUCGGGUUUUCAUUGACACCGGGAGCUCGGUUAAUAUUAUGUUCAGAACUACAUUCGAGGAGAUGCAGAUCGAUGCCACUGAACUCCAGCCUGUGGCUACGUCUCUAUAUGGAUUUACAGGCAAUGAGGUGAAGCCAAUGGGUCAGAUUAAGCUGGCCAUAUCUCUGAGCACCGAACCAUUGGUGCGCACUAGGAGGAGCACUUUUAUAGUGGUGGAUUCCCCGUCCUCUUAUAACGUCAUUUUGGGAAGGCCUGCCCUGCAUGAAUUUAGGGCCGCUGUUUCUACCUUCCAUCAAAAAAUUAAAUUUCCUGUUGGCGAGCAGGACGGGGAAGUUAAGGGAGAGCAGAAGGUCUCUCGCCGAUGCUAUAUUGAUAUGGUCUGGGUGGAGGCUCGUAAGAAUCAAAGAAUGCAAGAUGGUGGCAUCCAUUCUGUCCAAGAAGAGCCUUUGCCUAUGGUUGAAGAACCCAUCCCCUGGGAGGAUGUGCAAUUAUACGCUGAACACCCUAAAAGUUUAACUCGCUUGGCAAGCGACCUGCUCCUCCUCCCAAGGAAGAAUUAG